CCAAUACUAAGUGUUUGAACUUUCAUCCAUCGUAAUUUGCGGCCUAAUUGUUACUAAAUUUGUUCACAAAAAUAUCCCAAUAUCUAUUUAUUCUACUUUUUAUUUGCGGCCAUCUGGACUUCAUAUGAAAUUUUGUUCAGCAGCAAUUUUAGCUUAUUUUUAAAAGUAGAACGACAUGAGCAAAAUAUUUCUCAAAUUUGCAGGUUUUCUGCUAUUAGCCACAUUGCCUAGUACGUUUGGAUGGUAUGAUUAUGACGUUGACUAUGACUAUGACUACAGAAGCUACUGGUUGAAGAAAAGAUCUUCAUCAAACGAGAACAAGAACGGAACCGAGGAAGAAAAACGGACAUCCCUAAGAGAUAACCCAAAUGGAUUCAUGUCUGGUGCGUGGGAAAUGUUACCAAUUGAGAGGAUGGGCUUGACUCUGAAAGAUAUUCAGCUGGAAUUGUGGCACCAGGAACAAACCAGGAACCAACUCAAUGAAAUCCACUGUGAGCCGACUGACCCAUUCCUUAAGAGUGUGUAUUACAACCAGGAGAACAUAGAGGAGAAGGAAAUGCUGUUCGAGUUGAACUGCUUCCGCAACCACUACUGGGUCUGGACCAAGGGAGACCCGCCCAGAUACGCCUACUUGGUCUAAAAAGGAACGAGCCCCCAACAGAAACAUGAAUACAUGGACUUUUGAUUUGCUCUGAGCCAAGGUUUGCAUGCUACAAAAGUUGUUUGAAAGAGCAAGGUCAAAAACAAAUUAAUGUGUUCAAAUAAGCAGAAAUAAACGAUCCCUAAGACUGAUGUAGUUUUCUAU